GACUGCCGUCUUUCUACCUUCCGCUCUAUUUCUCUCUCCAAGUUUUCAUUUUUUUCGCUCCAUUGGUUGCUUGCUUUCUCGCUCGGCUGUAUUAUUAUUACCUCAGCAGCAGCAGCAGUGCUGUUCUUUGCUGUUUCUGUUGUGGAAUACCUUUUCAUUUGGACUAAAGAUGGCCAACAGUCCAGCACCAUUUUCUGAUAUUGGCAAGAAAGCAAAAGACCUUUUAAACAAGGGCUAUAACUUUGACCACAAAUUCACAUUGACAAUGUUGAGUGAUGCUGGAAUGGCAUUAACAGCUACUGGUGUGAAGCGGGAUCAACAUUUUGUUGGUGACAUAAGUACACAGUACAAGAGUGGAUGUACUACUGUGGAUGUAAAAGUUGAUUCUGGUUCUAAUGUCUCAACUACUGUGACGGUCAAUGAAAUCUUCCCAUGCACCAAAGCAGCACUUAGUUUCAAAAUACCUGAUCACAAAUCAGGCAAGGCCUCAACUACUGUAACGGUCACUGGAAUAUUCCCAUGCACCAAAGCAGUACUUAGUUUCAAAAUACCUGAUCACAAAUCAGGCAAGCUAGAUGUGCGGUAUAUUCAUCCUCAUGCUUCUAUCAAUUCUAGCAUUGGAUUGACUCCAACGCCACUUCUGGAGCUGGCUGCAACAAUUGGCAGCAAGGAGCUUGGUUUUGGUGGUGAAAUUGCUUUUGAUACUGCUUCUUCGUCUUUGACUAAAUAUAAUGCUGGAAUUGGCCUAUUCAAACCUGAUUUUUCUGCUGCACUCAUAUUGGAGGACAAGGGGGAAACAUUGAAGGCGUCUUAUGUUCACUUGGUGAAUCCCAUCAAUGGAACUGCUGUUGCUGCUGAAUUGACUCACAGAUUCUCCACCUAUCAAAACAGUUUUACCUUUGGAAGUUCUCAUUCCCUUGACCCCUUUACCAUGGUGAAGACACGAUUCUCUGACAAUGGAAAACUAGCAGUUCUUUGCCAGCGGGAAUGGAGGCCCAAAUCGUUGGUAACUUUUUCAGCUGAGUAUGAUCCCAAGGCAGUCAGUUCGGCCUCCAGGUUUGGUCUCGCCUUAGCACUCAAACCUUAAAAUUAGGGAUACUCUUUUUAUGUUUAAUGAACUUUUAUUAUAAUUUUUUAAACCCGAGGUGGGUUUUCACUCAGUUGCUUCGAGAAACAAAGUUGGUUUAUGAUUUUUUUUUCCCUGAAGAAAAAUGGUGGGAGAAGUUGAACCCAAUUUUGGAUGAAAUUCAUAUAGUGAUUGUUUAUUAUUUUUUUGCAUCCGAAACUGAAAAAUUGCUACGUUUACAUGAUGUGCGAUGCAUAUCACGAGAUAUCUUUGUUUAUGACACUAUUGUCAUUCCAAGAAUCAUGUUAUUGUAGAAAUAUUUGAGUUCUUUUAUUGUUUGCUCAGUAAGAACCGUGUCUUUAGGCCUA